AUGGAAUCAACUACUAAUCAAAAGUCAUCAUUUGAUUUGUCUUUUAAAACAAAAUUUAAAGAAAUUAAUGACAUGUUAAUUAGUAUUGAGAACAACUGUAUCGAAACCGAUAAUUUCCAUGAUAUUUUACAAAAAAUUAAUGAACUUCAAGAGUUUUUAAAUGAUUCCAAAACAUUUUUACCUGCUUAUAAUAUGAAGAAGUGUUCUAAUGAAAUCAAAGACAUAACAAAGUGUUAUGAGCAAUUGCAUGAAAAAUUACAACCUAAGAAAAAAUUUACUUUUGGUAAACGACCAACUAAAUCAAUAGUCAAACCGAAAGAAGACAGAUUUGAACCAAUAAAUGAAUCAAAAGUUUAUAAAGAAGAUUUAGGGUUCAAAAAUCGUUCUGAUGAAAAUCUAAUACUUACGGAAGAUGAAACUUUUUCGAAAGAUAUAGCUUUAGAUGUAUUGACCAAUUGCAAUGUCAUUAUUUGUGGUACACCUAGUACUGUGCGUGUGACAUCAUUGUCAACGUGCAAAAUAUUUGCAUGUGCAAGCACAUCGAUUUUUGUUGAAAACUGCAAGGAUACAAUAUUUGUAUGCGCAUCUCAACAAUUGCGUAUUCAUGAUUCUAUUGCAACUGAUUUUUAUAUUUAUGUUACUAGUAGUGCUAUAAUAGAAAACUGUAAACAAUUACGAUUUGCUCCUCUUACACUCAAUAGCCUACUUCUUAAAAAAUCAUUUGAAAUAGCUAGUUUUGAUGAAUCUAAUAAUAAUUGGAAAAUUAUAAAUGAUUUUGAUUGGUUGUCAUCUUACGAGCCAUCACCAAAUUGGUGUGAAAUACCAGAAGAAGAACGCGAUCAACCUUCAGAAAAAAAUUAUGUUUAG